CUCGUUUGCCUGUAGCCUGCGAAUGCGCCACCGAUACCAGCGCUUCCGUCGUCCCGCCUUCCCACACCACCCAGCGGGGGUCAGUACACCCUCACCAAGAUCGCCAGCGCCGCGCAGAAAAAGAUGCGUCAGAUCAAGCGAAAUCUCACUAAAAGAUAUUCAGUGGCUAUGGACGGAAACCCAUUCAGCAAAUUCACAUCCAACACUACAAACGGUACUUACGACGUACCGAAAACAAAGAAGGCUCCAAUCUACGCCAAUUGCGAGAAACCUGAGAUCCAGCACAUUUAUAGCAAUAUUAACUUCAAUGAUAUGAAGCCUGUACUUAAGACUGAACCUCCUUUAAUCAAGGUCACUGGAUCGUUUAGAGAGGAAUUGAAGACUGUUACUGAGAAAAGGCUUAGCAAUGGAGAUGUGCCUCCACCGUUGCCCGAGAAGCCGCCUCCGGAGAAACCUACAACUCCUACAAGUGACGUUAAUAAGAAAGACAGCGGAACAUUAUCAAGAAAAGCAUACUUUUCGUUUAAGUCGCGUUUUAGACGAUCUUCAUCGAUGGCCGUUGAUAUCAACUCGGAUGUGCCAAGUGCAUUGAAGAUUACAAACUCGACGUUCUAUUUGACGGAUUCGAUGGAUGGUGACUCUGGAUUUAGCAAUUGCAGCGACAACGGGCAGCCAGGCAGCACCGAGACGCUGUCCCCCACGGCGCCCGCACGUCGCCGCGAGGAAUUGAAGCGAUUGCUGCCAACAUUGCCACUCACGCGCAAGGAGAAGUCGCGCUCACGCACCUCGUGGUACGCUGACUGCAACUCCGACACCGCCUCCACGCACACCUCCACAGCCUCCUGGUACGCGGAAGUCGGCCUCUACCAAGCAGGCAAUAUAUCGUCAUCAUCAGGCGCAUCCUCAGGGUCCCAUCCUGCUUCGCCUCUGCCGCACUCGCUAUUCCCGCACGAGCCGCUCUACCAGUUCUACAACGCUGCUAAAGUUGAGUCUGCCUGCCGUGAAACUGGUGACUCCGAUUCAGACGCAUAUGAAGUAACAAGUGGUACCACUGAAGUGCAACCGACCUCGCCACCGUCGCUAUCAUCGCCCCCGGUCAGCAACGUGCGCCCCUCCGCCAUGGCGCUAGUAGCGCCCCGUGGCCCUGCUAGGACGCUGUGGUGUGAAGUGCCUGAAGUUCUCAAUUCUACAGUACUUAGUUCCCUUGCGCCCGCGCAAAAACGCCUUCAGGAAGCCAAGUUCGAACUAUUAACAUCCGAAGCAUCAUACCUCAAUUCCUUAAACGUACUGGAGAUGCACUUCAUCGCGCACCCAGCGUUCAGGGAGACUCACAUCCUGCCCAGAGCCGACCGUGAAACGCUGUUUUCCACAAUUUUACCAGUGCGAAAAUGCUCCCAACUGCUUAUGAACGAGCUGGAAAAGUGCUGGCAGGAGAACAUCCUGCUGUCAGGCAUCUGCGAGAUCGUGCGAAGACACGCGGAGCAGCACUUCCAUGUUUACGUCAAGUACUGCGAGAACCAGGCGCUAAUGGUCAAAGCGCUACAGCGGUUAAGGGAGCGGCCCACUUUCGCCACCGCACUUCGAAGGCUGGAAAGCCACCCCGCGUGCCAGAGCCUGUCGCUGCACUCGUUCCUGAUGCUGCCGAUGCAGCGCGUGACGCGGCUGCCGCUGCUCAUGGACGCCGUGCUCAAGAACCUCAGCGCCGACGACCAGGAGUACGCCAGCUGCAUGCGGGCGCUGGCCAUACUCAGCAAUUUUGUGCAGCAAUGUAACGAAGGUGCGCGCAACACUGAACGAAUAGAAGAAAUGUUCCGGCUAUCACAGAGCAUAGAGUUCCCGCCUUCCGUGCGAGAUCCACCGUCACUCGGCCCGGCUUGCGGAAGACGGGACAGAAGACCAGUAAGAUGGCUGGUCCGGUCCGGCGAGAUGACGCAGCUGGUGUGGAAGACAGACGAGCUGAAGCUCACUUUUGGCAAGAAAUUCCACAAGAUACCGUUGUACUUCUUCCUCUUCAACGACCUGCUUGUCAUUACUAAGAAAAAGAGCGAGGACCUGUACGUGGCGGUGGACCACUGUCCGCGGUCGCUGCUGGAGGUGUGCAGCAGCGAUGGCGGGGUCGGUGGAGGCGCCGCGCCGGCAGCUAAGCACGCGUUGUUGCUGACGCUACUUGAGAACCACGAAGGACGCACUGUCGAGAUGCUGCUGUCGAGCCCCAGCGAGACCGACGCGUCGCGCUGGACGGAGGCGCUGUGUCCGCCGGCGGAGGGCGGCGAGGGCGAGGCGGUGUACGCGGGCUGGGACUGCCCGCAGGUGGCGGCCCUCUACGCCUACGCGCCCGCGCAGCCCGACGAGCUGCCGCUGGCCGAGGGCGACGUCGUCAACGUCACCAGGAAGACCAGCGAGGGGUGGUAUUACGGCGAAAGAACACGCGACGGUGAAUCCGGUUGGUUCCCGGGCAGCUACACAGUGGAAAUAGCAUCAGCGCACGUUCGGGCACGGAACCUUCGACAACGGUACCGCUUGCUCGCGCUAUCUGGCACUUAUCUCGGACAGAAAAAACGACCAGCUUGAAGUUUAUACUUGCAGUCGUUAGUUGGAGAACUUCCAACGCAAAAAACAAGUUUGUAAAGUCUUUUCGGUGAAAAGGGUUAUUUGCUCUUUGCGCUUUGUUGUGAAACUGAAUUUGGUAUAGUCCGCGACCAAAUGAUUGGCUGUAACUAUUGAAAAUCUACUAUUUGCGGUCACUUAAUUGCGGGCGAACCAUAAUUAGUGUCUAUUAUAUGUGGUGCUUAAAUUUUUGCAUCUCAAGUGUUCGAGUGCUAGUUUUUCGGUGCACUAAGUUUUUAAGACUAUAGCGCGUAUUUGGUCCGUCCAGACACUGCCUUAUUUAGCGGUUAAUUAGGCUUUAGUAUUUUCGGAGCAUUUUAUUGUUAGACUGUUCAAAUAUUACGGUUCUUUACGUGUCUUAGUUUGCGAGAAGUUAUGUAAUAUCUUGACCAUAGAAAUGUUGUAGGAGGCAAUUGCGAAAUUACGUCUUUAUAAUUAUUAAGAGUCUGUACUACCUGAAGUGGCUU